CGCUGCCGCCAUUGUUGUAGUUCCUCUUGUUUCGCGUUAGCUUGAACUUAAUGUGCCAAACUCCGGAGUCUAAGAGAUCAUGAGACGUCUUGGGCGGCGGACGGCGCCUAGAGAGGACAGAGGACGGAGGACGGAGGACAGAGGACAGAGGAGGACAUGUGUCGCGGCUUGAAAUGAAACCGGAGUUUUAGAGAAAUCAAAAGUCGUCGGUUUGUGUCCCGCUGCGGUGGUUUCUAGCCCGGAGCGACCGGGCAACUGUCAACUUCUACCCGAGCGUCGGCGCGUGGAGACGGACACGGAGACGGAGACAAGAAAAGCCGGUUUUUUGUUUUUAUAUAGACAUUUUAUAGACGCGCAGGGUGGUGUUUUGUUGGCGGGGGAGGACAAUGCUUCAUCUCGGUGUUCGCGGAGCUCUGAGAGCCGCUGCUCACAAGUUCCCGGCGGGGCUGAAGCCCGGUCUGCGGCCGGGGACGGGGCGCCCCGCGCCGGGCUGCUGCAUGGGGACACACGGGAGGAACGAGCCGAGGGAGCCGCUCAACUCCCCCAAGAGAGCCAAGGAGUUUAUUUACCGGCUCCAGCACAACGAGAGGACCUGUCUGCUGAGGGAGCUGCAGAGUUUCGAGUCCAUCGCCAUCGCGCAAGAGACGGUGGAGACGUCGCCUCCGACUGCAGCUCAGAUCAGAUACGUUUUGUUCCAUAACGCCCUCCCCUUCGUUGGAUUUGGUUUUCUGGAUAACGCCAUCAUGAUCGCAGCGGGAACUCAGAUCGAACUGUCCAUCGGAGUCACUCUGGGCAUCUCCACCAUGGCUGCUGCUGCUCUGGGGAACCUGGUCUCAGAUCUGGCAGGACUCGGUCUUGCAGGUUACGUGGAGGCUCUGGCCUCUAAACUGGGGAUGCAGGUUCCUGACCUGACGCCCAAACAGGUGGACAUGUGGCAAACUAAGCUCAGCGGCCACAUGGGUAAAGCCAUCGGCGUGUCCAUCGGCUGCAUCCUGGGAAUGUUCCCACUUCUUUUCCUCAGCGACGACGACGACGACGACAAGAAAGAGAAGGAAGCUCCGUCCUGCAGCGACGCAGCAUCACACUCCUCCUAACGAGACACUACACUACACUACACAACACAACACACACACACACACACACACUGGAGGCUACUGAUCAAGCUUAGUAACGGACAGAGUGUUUACAGGCGGGUGUUUCUCUGUCUCUGCUCAGGCAGCGUUCGAUCUGCUCAGACUCAGCAGCUAAACAGCUCCAACUGGUCUUAGUUCUACUUCACUCUUUAAGCUCAUGUUCUGGCAACAGCUUCAGUUUCCACCCGUUCACAUGCAGAGGGUCCCGCUGUCAUUCUCAUUUUAAACUCCCCGGCCACUUUAUUAGGUACACCAGUGAACUACCACAGCGUCCAUGAAGGUUCAGACUCAGUUUCUAAUAAAUGAGAGAUGGAAUGACUUCAGUGCUGUCCCUAAUAAUCUGGCGUGAACGAUGCCUGGGUGGAUGUGGAUGUUAGUUAGUGUCUGGAUCCAAAGAUGCUGCGUCGCCAUAGAAACCGGAGGCCCGACUCCCGUCGGGAUCCUGAGAGACUGGAAACACGAGUUCUUUGUGACACUUUAAAGACUGAGAACACUAUUUAUUCACACUCUCCAGGUUAAAGGACGUGUCGUCUCCUACCUCCAGGAACAUUUACCUGUUUGUUUUGCAUGAAGAAGAAUCUGAUGUAGCUGUUUAAUCCGUUUAUUGUCGUCAUGGUGGAAAGUCCUCAGAUGUUCUCAGAGAGGAGGCACGAAGCUAUUGAAUGAUUGUUCUCCUCACGUUGGUGUUUUAUUAUUAUUAUAAUUUAUUCUGUUCACUUCAUGAAUGAGACUUUUCUAUGUCUCUCCGUCUUAUUCCCACCGACGCUCCAGCGCUUUUUCCUCUGUGACAUUUCACAUGUAAAUCAUGACGUCACAGAAAGUAAACGCAUGCAGGCGACAGAUUAAUUAAGAUUUCUGCAGCCGGACAAUGAGUCAUUUGAUAAACUAUUGAAUUAUUGCUUUGAUGCGUUCACAUGUGAGAGACCAGCUCCAAACAUCUGGAGGAAAAGGAAAAAUCUAAAUUAGUGAUCUGUCACAGAUUCUGUUUCCUCGUCUCGUCUCCUUAUUUUUCUGGUUUUAAGUGUUUAGGGGAAAGUGGAGCUCGACGGGUCCUCGGAUCAGAAGGAACAAAUAAAUAAAUAAUAAAUAAUGAAAGAAGAAAACGUUUGAACACUAUUUUAAUGAGUGUUUCAUGGACGUGGAGACGCCGGUGUCUCGUUAGAAGAGGACGAGGACAGUUCCCGACGUUAGCAGCAUGCUGUUCGUUUUGUAUCAUCUCACAAGAAGAAACCUUUAUAUAAUGUCUGUGUUUUUCUAUGAGGAUGAAGUUUUUUUGUUGUUGUUUUGAAGCUAUGAACAAAACUUUGAGGAUGUUUUGCUGCCAUCUUGUGGUGAGUCCGGAGCAUGACUUAUACUUUAAGCCUGUAAUGAAUGCGUUUCUGUGCAGUUGUUCUAAAAACUAAUAAAUGUGGGAGUUAUUUACAGGA